AUGCACAGAGCAAACAGGGACACUGAACGCUCUGGCCCACUCGGUCACGCCUCCGGCAGAGGCGCUGGUGAGCCUGCGCGCACGAAGGCCUCAUCUCCGAGUCCAGAGGACACGGAGCGCAUCCUGCAGCUGGCUGGGCGCGUCAAGGCCGUCCUCCAAGCGUCGAUCGCCGACCACGAUGAGGCCAAGGCAGCACUUCAACAUGAGAUUAUCAACUCCUGGCCAUGGAUCCAAGCCUUGGCGGGCAAGGUAAAGCUGAACGCGCCGCUAAUCCUUGGCUCGGCAAUAGAGCAAGUGGGGUCCUAUCAGGGCCGAUACCAGCUCUCAGCCAUCCGAGAGGAUGACCCUUCGCUGGGACGGACCCUUCCCCUGCCCCAUCUCAAAAAGGGUGUGGACUUCAGAAGACAGGCGGCGGAGCAAAAGGAUUGGUGGAAGCAAGCGGUGGAUGUGGAUAUGGAGCCGCCUCAGGCUCCGGCAGGGCAAAAGGGAGAGCAAAAGCGGGAUGCCCGCGUAUCCAACCCCCCAACAGCCGUCCAGCAGCUCCCAGUCGAGAAAGCGGGGCAGAAGCAUUCAAGAGAGGAAGAGACGAAGGGCCGCGACGAGCAGCAAGGCCGAUCCGCACAGAAGCGGCCGCGAUACAGCAAGCCAAAGUCCAAGCCGCUCGUCAGCAGCUCGUCGGAGGACGAAGAUGCGCUCGCAAGGACGCGGUUCCUCCACGACAAGAGCGCAGGGAAACAGCCACAAGCGCCUGCCGAAACGCCGAAGCAGUACGAGGAUGUGUCUGAUGAAGAGGAAGAGGAAGAGGCAGAGGAAGAUGCAUUGGCGGGCAAGGGCGAGGCAGAGGAAGAUGCAUUGGCGGGCAAGGGCGCCGUGCAGCGCAUGCCAAUACCCUGCGACCGCUGUCUCCGCGAUGAGAAGCUCUGCACGUAUUCGACGGCGAAGCCCUCUGGCCGCUGCGAACGAUGCCGCGGUGGAAACGCGUGCUCACUGACCCCCCGCAGUGCGAGCACGAACCAGCCUUUCAAGAACAAGCAAGCUGGGGCCAAAGCGCAGGCUUGGCGGGCGUGGGCGCUGGCAAGGCAGAAGGUCAACCUUCCCGUCCCGGAUCUGGCAGUUUGGGACGACACGCGAGAGUGCUGGAUGGAAGACCUCAUCACCUGGGACAAUCGGUCGCCCUGGGUGCACGAGGAGCUCCAGGACUACCAGAAGUCUCGCCUGUUAGCUCAGGCAAGCGGCAAGGUCCACCUCAUCGCCCGGCGUGGCAAGAAUGCGCACGACGCUCCCAAGAUGCAGGCGGCGCGGAAGAAGCCCUCCGGCGGCGGUAAGUCUGCCGAGGCAAAGAAGCCUGCCGAGGCGAAGAAACCUGCAGAGGCGAAGAAGCCUGCAGAGGCGAAGAAGCCUGCAGAGGCGAAGAAGCCUGCAGAGGCAGAGCAGCCUGCAGAGGCAGAGCAGCCUGCAGUGGCGGAGAGGCGGCCGAAGGAGGCGAAGAGGCCUGCAGAGGCGGAGAGGCCUGCAGAGGCGGAGAAGCCCGCAGAGGCGGAGAGGCGGCCGAAGGAGGCGAAGAGGCCUGCAGAGGCGGAGAAGCCCGCAGAGGCGGAGAGGCGGCCGAAGGAGGCGAAGAGGCCUGCAGAGGCGGAGAGGCGGCCGAAAGAGACGCAGAAGCCCGCCAAAGAGGCGGCUGCUGAGGCCGCACAAGGGCCCCAGAAACCGUUGGUGCCUGAGCAAGAGGCUCAAGAGCAGCCUGACGUCGAGAUGCAGGACGCAACAGGAACUCAAGCAGCCAACAAGCCCGCUGGUGCGGCAGAUGGCAAAAAGCGGCGGCACCUCACCAUCCCCACCAUGACACCGUCUCCAGAGCAAGAAAUCCCACGGCGCAGAAACAAGCAGCAGCCGUUUGCCUUUACGUUCACGGGGCCUUCCACUGGGCCUUCCACUGGGGCAUCCGCGCACACUGCCUUCGCCCACCCGUCGCUUCCACACGCCGCACCUCCACUGCCGCCGCCGGCGUCCUCGCGCGAUAGGGCCUUGCAGCUGCAGAUCGAAGCCGCUCAGCUGCAUGCGCCGUGCGCUGGACAGUUUGCUGGAAUCUUCCAAGCGCUCCUGACCAAGAUCGACACACAGGCGGACCGUCAGGACGAGCUCGAGAGGCUCUUGCGGCAAGUAGCCGGAGGAAAGACGCUUACACAGUCGUCUGGGGAUCUGGAGGACCGGCUAGCCGCUGCCGAGGAGAAGCUGAAAGCUAAGGACGCUCGCCUGCAAGAUUUGGAGGACGAGCUCAAGCGGCUGCGCGACGAGCUCAAUGGCGUACGGGAGGACUCAUACGCCCGCGAAGAACUGGAGGCGCGAUGGCAGAUGCAAGUCCAGUCUGUCAACCAAGGCCUCGAGGCCGUGGUGUCCCGUUACGAGGUCAUGGAAAAGAGACGGGCGGCCCCAUCUCCACCGCCUGUUCCCAAGCACGAGCAGAAGCGGGAGGACACGGUCAUCAACCUCGUCACUCCGAGCCCGCCUCCCCGAACUCCCCCUGUCCCGACCCCGCCUCCCCGAACUCCCCCUGUCCCGACCCCGCCUCCCCGAACUCCCCCUGUCCCGACCCCGCCUCCCCGGACUCCCCCUGUCCCGACCCCUCCUCCCCGGACUCCGACCCCGCCUCCGCCUCCCCGGACCCCGCCUCCCCGGACCCCGCCUCCCCGGACCCCGCCUCCCCGGACUCCCCCGCAGGCCUGGAACCCGAACCCGUACCCUGCGCUGACAUCCCCUGCUCCCGAUGGUCGGGGCAUCUUCUCGUCAUCGCCGUUCUCUGAAGGACCUUCCUUCCUAACGAUGCGGCAGUCGGACACCGACAGGUCCAACCAUGACCUGGGCACUGGCGAAGAGGCGGUUGGGCAGGCACUUGAAGUCGAGGACGGCUCAGCUCGCCACCAGUCACCGCGCCGUGGGCUUCCCCGCAAAGCGAAGGCGCGGGCGGAGACCCAUGUGAUGGAGGAAGGCGAGUUGUCGAAAUAG